AUGUCGUUUUUCCUAAAUCAGCCCCAGCUCAGCGGCCUGGAGGUGAACCCUGAGCGUAUGAGGCUGGCCGAGCUUCACUAUGACGCCAUGAACACCACACUGAAUACGAUAAAGAAACAGUGCCUAGUCAAGUGCGUUCCUGAUGAGUAUGGCGAGGCAGAAUUGAAUAAAGGUGAAUCGUCAUGUACAGACCGGUGCGUAGCGAAGUUCAUGCAAGCGAACCGGAUCCUCGGAGAAUACGCGCAAGCUGUGAGAUUCAAUGAGAGAGACUUACGACAUUACGAAGAAAUCAAGCGGAACCUGGCCAAAGAUUAG